AUGGCUGGACUAUUAACUUCAAUUACACUCAAUGGGCGUAAGACAAAGUUUUUCGUGUUGGUGACAAUCUUGGUAUUUUUCAACUAUGACCCUUCAAGACACAAUGUUUUCAAAGUGAACGGCACAUUCUUUCAGAGAUGCACUUUUCCACCACAAAACGAAGCACUUUCUACCGGAAAGGAUAUUAUUCCCCUAAAGACUGAAGAAACAAAGUGGUAUGUUUGUGGCAUAGCUGAUAACUGUUCUGCUCGUCACAUGAAGUUCAUCAUCACUGUUCUAGCAGAAAGUGCCCCUGCUCCUUCUCUUCCACCUUCUUCUGAUGCUCAUUCUGUUGUUUCAUCUGUGUUUGGAGUUGUCAUGGCAACCAUGGUUGCAAUUGCAGUCAUCUUUGCAUGA